UGAUUUUUCCAUGUGGGACUCUCUCUUUCUUCUUUUUCUUGUUUGGUUUACUUAAAUUCUGGCAGUAUAUUAACGUGUAAACAAUUGCAAAAUUAGCUUUGCAGCCAAACAAGACACCUCAGUCAAUCCCAACAACACCUUUCACUCUCUCUCUCUCUCUCUUUUGGCUUCUUCUUCAAACAAUAUUCUUCAGUUUUACAAGUUUAAGAUAGCAUUUUUAUGAAUCUCAAAUCAAGAAAUUGCUGCCAAAGGUGUCUUCUUCUUCUCCUGUCAUGACUGCAGUAAGUGUUGUGUUAUCUCUGAUCACAAUCGUCAUCACCUGGUUGUUUGGCUACUCCGAAUCUGUUAGUAGAGCCGAUUUUCCAGAUGGGUUUGUCUUCGGAACAGCCUCUUCCGCUUAUCAGUUUGAAGGAGCUGUGAGAGAAGGAAACAAGGGAGCAAGCAUAUGGGACACUUUCACGAGGCAGCCAGGAAGAAUCUUGGAUUUCAGCAAUGCCGACAUAGCCGUUGAUCAAUAUCAUCGAUUCAAGGAUGAUAUAGAGUUGAUGAAGGAUAUGGGAAUGGAUGCUUACAGAUUCUCAAUAUCUUGGUCAAGAAUUUUUCCAAAUGGAACAGGAGAACCCAACCCAGAAGGAAUAAGUUACUACAACAACUUGAUAGAUGCUUUAAUGGCAAAAGGAAUCGAACCUUAUGUAACCCUAUAUCAUUGGGAUCUUCCACAGAUGCUUGAGGAUAAAUACGAAGGAUGGUUGAACAAACAAAUAGUCAUAGACUUUGAGCAUUAUGCUUUUACUUGCUUCGAAGCUUUUGGCGAUAGAGUGAAACAUUGGAUUACAUUCAACGAACCUCAUGGUUUCUCGAUUCAAGGUUAUGAUACAGGCAUUCAAGCUCCAGGAAGGUGUUCGAUUCUUGGUCAUAUCUUCUGUAAGAAAGGAAAAUCAUCUACUGAACCAUAUAUUGUAGCUCACAACAUCCUUUUAUCUCAUGCUUCAGCUUAUCAUAGCUACCACAGAAAUUUCAAGGAGACACAAAAAGGUCAAAUUGGAAUGGCACUGGAUGCUAAGUGGUAUGAACCAAUAUCUGACAACGAUGAAGAUAGAGACGCAGCACUCAGAGCAAUGGAUUUUGGAAUUGGAUGGUUUCUGGAUCCGCUUAUCUUAGGCGACUAUCCUAUUUCAAUGAAAAAGUUAGUGGCAAAGAGAUUACCAAGAAUCCCAAGAGAGACAUCUCAAAUGCUGGUGCACACAUUGGAUUUUGUAGGCAUAAAUCAUUAUACUACAUUAUAUGCUAAAGAUGAUAAGAUUCAAAUUCAAAAGCUAAUAUUGCAUGAUGCCUCAUCUGAUGCAGCUGUUAUUACCACAUUUGUUCGAGAUGGAGUUGCUAUCGGAGAAAGGGCAGCUUCUCACUGGCUACAUAUCGUCCCUUGGGGAAUUAGAAAGUUGAUGAUAUAUAUCAGAGAUAAGUAUGAGAAUCCACAUGUGAUUAUAACUGAAAAUGGUAUGGAUGAUCCAAAUAGCCCCUUCAUAACUUUAAAUAAGGCAUUACAGGAUAAGAAGAGAAUAAAUUAUCACAGAGACUAUCUAUCUAAUUUGUCUGUGGCAAUACGACAAGACAAGUGUAAUAUUCGAGGUUAUUUUGCAUGGUCAUUGUUGGACAACUGGGAAUGGAACUCAGGAUAUACUGUUCGGUUUGGACUCUACUAUGUGGACUAUAAAAACAAUCUUACAAGGAUUCCAAAAGCUUCAGUUCAAUGGUUUAAAAGUAUAUUGAGACUGACAAAGUCAUCUCAUCACCUUUUAGAUUCAUAGUACUUCUUUGUUCAAUUGUAUAUAUAUCUUUUUUUUAAAAAAAAAUUCUAGUAACUGGGUCAACUUGUUAGACCAACAUUUUUAAUCAAACAAUAAAUAACAAUAAUGUAAAAAUUAAUCCUUAUCUCCA